AUGUAUCUCCGAAACCUUUUCUUGUCCCUUUUCUUGGUCUUCGCCGUCGGCUUUGCCCUAGUUCAGGCCGAAGAGUCCAAGGGACCUCGCGGCCCUAAGAUUACCUCCAAGGUCUACUUCGAUAUUCAGCAUGGAGAUGAGUCCCUCGGUCGCAUUGUGAUGGGCUUGUACGGCAAGACAGUCCCUGAGACCGCUGAGAACUUCCGCGCUCUGGCUACUGGCGAGAAGGGCUUUGGUUACCAGGACUCUACUUUCCACCGUGUUAUCAAGGAUUUCAUGAUCCAGGGUGGUGACUUCACUAAGGGAGAUGGCACCGGCGGAAAGUCGAUCUACGGCAACAAGUUCAAGGAUGAGAACUUCAAGCUGCGUCACACCAAGAAGGGCCAGCUGAGCAUGGCCAACGCCGGCAAGGACACCAACGGCUCUCAGUUCUUCAUCACCACCGCUAUCACUUCUUGGCUCGAUGGCCGCCAUGUCGUCUUCGGCGAGGUUCUCGAGGGCUACGAGGUUGUCGACAAGAUCCAAAAUGUUCCCAAGGGACCCGGCGAUAAGCCCAAGCUGGCGGUUAAGAUCGUGAAGAGCGGUGAGCUCGAGCUUGAGCCUGAAACCGAGGACAAAGGUAGCCGCGAUGAGCUCUAG